AUGGAACCAAAGAAUCUGACAUGUAUCUGGGAAUUCUUCUUACUGGGCCUCUCAGAGGAUGUUGAACUGCAGCCAAUCUUCUUUGGACUGUUUCUGACCAUGUACUUGGUCACAGUGCUUGGGAACCUGCUGAUCAUCCUGACCAUCAGUGCUGAUUCCCCCCUCCACACCCCCAUGUACUUCUUCCUCUUCAACUUGUCCUUGGCUGAUAUUGGAUUUAUCACUACAGUCCCCAAAAUGCUGGUGAACAUCCAUACACAUAGCAAAUCCAGUUGCCUAACUCAGGUGUUCUUUUUUAUUCUUUUUGGGUGUUUGGACAGUCUACUGCUGACCAUGAUGGCCUAUGACCGCUUGGUGGCCAUCUGUCACCCUCUACACUACCCUAAUAUCAUGAGCACCUGCCUCUGUGGCUUGUUGGUUCUGGUGUCAUUGUUCAUUAGCCUUCUGGAUUCCCAGGGGCACUGUUUAAUGGUGUCACAGCUCACUUUUUGCACAACUGUGGCAAUUCCUCAUUUCUUUUGUGACACACCUAUGCUUGUCAAUCUUGGCCAUACAGACACUUAUAGUAAUAAUGUGUCAGUCUAUAUUAUUGGUGUCAUCUUUGCUGGCAUUCCAGUCACAGGGAUCCUGAACUCAUAUACUCGAAUUGUUUCCUCCCUUUUGAGAGUUCCUUCAGUAAGUGGGAAGAAUAAAGCCUUCUCCACCUGUGGCUCUCACCUGUCAGUUGUUUGCUUAUUUUAUGGAACUGGCCUUGGAGUGUACCUCAGCUCAGCUGUCUCUCAUUCCUCCAGGAUUGGUGCAGUGGCCUCGGUAAUGUACAUCAUAGUCACCCCCAUGCUGAACCCCUUCAUCUAUAGCCUGAGGAACAGGGAUAUCAGGAAUGCCCUUUUGAGGAUUUACAGCAGAACUACCUAA